ACAAGUUUGUGUCCCAGAAAUAUGCAAAAAUUACUUUAAAAUCGCCGAUAAACCUCCGGGAAAGAGCACACCACAUUCGACCAGUUUAAACCUCAACUUAAUGCCCCCUUGCUAGCAAUUCUGUUGUAAACAUUAGCAAGACCACAGUGCAAUCGCAGCUCAGCCCGCUCCUUGCCCCAGUGGACGCAUAAAAGGCCUCUGCUAGCAGUCCACAGAACUCUCACAAUGGCCAACAUUAACAAAGGACAACAAGUACCUGUGCCAAGCAAAUGGGUUAAGAGCAGCCUGCAAAUAAAGUGCCACAAGCGAGCGAUUGUUAAACUGAACUAAAUUGUUGCUGAUUUUCUAAUCAAAUUGUUGAGAGCAAAUAUUAUUAAGGAAAGCGAAAGAUGAACAGGAACAAAAAGGAAGCGCAAACGCAGGAACUAAGCUACGACGACGAGAACGAGGAAGAAGACGAAGAUGCUUUGCAGGCGGCACUCAAAGAUAUUGUCAGUAUUCCAGACGUCGAUUCGCAGGAGCUCUUAACGGAGGGCAUUCCACAUCCAAGGAAACUGCGCUUAGAGGCGGAUAUAAUUUGGUCAGCGGAGCUCAAGAAGGCAACCCCGAAUGUCACUCAAAGUCGUCUGCAAAAUAAAAUUAAGUCGCCGCGGGAAAGCGCUGAAAUAUCCAUCGUAAAAGGGGAGAGUAAAGAGGAGCUUCCUGAGCCAGCUAAGAUCUGGUCCGCGGAGUUGGACGAGUCGCUAAACAAUUGGUAUGCGGAACUCAACGAAUCGCAGCAACCCAAAAGAAGCGAUUCGCCGUCAAUGAAGAGGCCGCAGCAGAGCGCUGAGGCGAAGGUACGGGAAACAGGCGUCGGAUCGAGUGAUGAUAGUGGAAAGACUACCGAUCCAGAUCAAGCUUCGAUGGAGCCAAAUCAGUCCGGAAUGGAGCCAGCGACAGGCUCGUCGAUGGAGCCAGAGCCCACCUGGUCGAUGAAGCUCAAAAAUGAGGCAGAGAAAAGGCUGAAAGAAAAACGAACAAGGAACAAGAAGGAGCAGCACACCGAAGAUCACAGAAGUUCAUCAAAGUCCGUAACCUUCGUUGAACCUUGCUGCCUUAUGCAGCUGGAAACUGAAAGCAAGUACGCAAGUGAGGAUAAACUCAAGAGCCAAAAAAGUGUAGAAAAAGGUCUGCCAACAGAGCGAAGUUCUUCGCAGAUCUUCAAGCUAACGCCUCAAGCGUCAACGGAGGAUCUGCACUCCCAAAAGGUUCAGCAAACCGAGCGGCGACUUCUAAACUAUUUGAAUUUUGCGGAGCCCCAUGAGCUGGUCGUGCCUGGGCUAUCGAGUAGCAUUGGACUGGAGCAGUUAUCGGCGGAACUAGAGGAUAAAUUGGAACGUAUUGAGGCUGCGUCCAAUCCGAAGUCUUAUAAAAAGCCAAAGCCAGCGGCCAGCACGCAAACCACUGACUCCAUGGAGGCCAAAGCUUCGACUGUGCCAACGAUGGAAGCCAAAGAGUUGGAGGAAAACCCGUUGAAGACCAAACCCUUGGCUGUACCACCGACAGAGUCUCAACUAUUGGCGGACAAACCAUUAGCUGUGCCACCUACAGAGUCCCAACCGUUGGCUGUUCCACCCACAGCGUCUGGCAUGGUUCUCAUCAACCUUCUGGCGGUACCUUUUCAGAGUACCCUACCAAAAGGAGCGGUUAUUUCUGCAUCGAAGGUAGUGGAUACAUCGGUGAAGAGUGCAGCAGCUUCCCUAGAAGAAGAGACUCCUGUCCCUGCUGCUACUCCAUCAGCUGCUUCUGCUCCAGAUGCUGCUCCAGCUGCAGUUCCAUCAGCACCUUCCGUCGAAGAAGAACCAUCAAGUCCAGCGACACCUCAAAAACCUGAACCACCGCCUGCUCCUACAGUGGAACCCAACGAUGUCAAGUUCAAGGAAAAACCCGCCAGCGAUACAGAGCAGAAUGAGGAGCGUGAGAAGAAAGAGUCUCGUGUGGCGAGCAAGAGCUCGCUGGCGCGUGCAGAGUCCAUGCGGACGCUGAUCAUCACGGGACACACGCACAUCAAGACGCAGUGGCGCGAUCAUUGCCACCUGGAGGUGCAACACGAAGGCAUCGAUAAGCCAGCACGCAGGAAACUGCUCAUAGCCUGUGCGCUGUGCCUCGUAUUUAUGCUCAUCGAGGUGGUCGGUGGCAUACUGUCCAAAAGCCUGGCCAUAGCCACAGAUGCAGCGCAUUUGCUGACGGAUCUGGCGGGGUUUCUCAUCUCUCUGUUUGCUCUCUACAUCAGCGCGAGGCCAAAGACGCAGCGCAUGAACUUUGGCUGGUAUCGGGCGGAGGUAAUUGGCGCCAUGAUCUCAGUGUACUUUAUAUGGGUGAUAACAGGCAUUCUCGUCUGGCUGGCCAUACAGCGCCUGUGGCUGGGUGAGCAUGUGGUGGAUGCCAAAAUCAUGCUCAUCACAUCCGCUGUGGCCAUACUCUUCAAUGUCAUUAUGGCCGUGCAGCUGCAUCACGGACAUGGGCACUCUCCCCAUUAUGAACCCGGUGAAAUGAGUCGUCAAACGCGCGUGCUGGAGCACGCGGAGUGUCAGCUGCUGGACACCGCCCAACCCGCAACGGAGAACAUUAAUGUGCGUGCUGCCAUGAUCCAUGUCAUUGGCGAUAUGAUCCAGAGUGUGGGUGUCUUUGUGGCCGCUUUGAUCAUCUUCUUUCAGCCCACUUGGGCAUUUAUGGAUGCCGUUUGCACAUUCCUGUUCUCCAUCAUUGUGCUGCUGGUGACUUUUCGCAUACUGCGGGAUGUGCUGAUGGUGCUGAUGGAGGCCACACCCGACUACAUGGACUACGAUGAGGUGCAGCGUCAGUUUCUCUCCAUCGAAGGUGUCGAACAUGUGCACAAUCUACGCAUUUGGGCGCUGAGCAUCAAUAAGGUCGCGCUGUCCGCACAUUUGGCUAUCAAAACGGAUGCGGAUGCACAGCGCAUACUGGAGGAAGCCACGACCAUGAUCCACAAGCGUUAUCGUUUCUUUGAGACGACCAUACAGAUAGAGGAGUACACGCCGGGGAUGGAGCAGUGUGAGCAGUGCAUAAAGCCAGGACACUCUGUAGUUGUGCCGCGUGGGGGUAGCCUGGCCAUGGAGGAGGGUGCUGGAAGUGCUGCCAAUAAGCAGGAUGAGCAAAAGCCAGUGGAGGAUGCAGCAAAGUCUUGAGCAGACGAAUUAUCUAUGAGGUUUAGGAGCUGUAAAAAACCCACAAAUUAUUUAUAUAAUAAAAAUUUAAUCUUUUUGCCAAGAUCUUGCA